AGGAGGUGAAGUUGUUGCUGAAAAACAGACCAAUAGUACUUUUAGUACAUUUACCUUUUCAAACAGGUUUAUAUCGGAUUUCGGCUUAUUAAAGAGGGGAAAAUAUGUCUGAGGGAGCGAUCACUACUACAGAAGAGAUUGAAGAGCUUAAAAAGAAGCUUGCUCUCCUUGGUAAGACUUGAUUGAUAAGAAUUUCAUUAGUGUAUAAGCUGCACAAAUGUCAACGUUUUCUUGAACUGGCUUACUGAACACUACAAUUUAAGCACUUUUCCACCAGUGAUUUCAAGUUAAUCGAAUGCUUCUCUCUUGGUUUCUUACCGUUACUUUUCAUCGUCCAGAGAGCGACAGUUUGUUUUACUCCAGCUCAAUGUCGUUCAUGUUUACAUUUUUGUGCAGACGGAGACAGGAAAGCUUACUACGAAAGUUCUCAAUGGACUAUGAAGAAGAACAAAGAUACAAUCAGCAAAUUAAGGGAGAAAAAUAAACGUUUGCGAUUCGAACUGGCAAAGAAGAAAGCGGUAUGGGGUUUUGAAAUCGUAAAUUAGCUCAUAAUAAUUCACAAACUUAAAUUUAUAGUUUUCCGUAAAGCAAAUAGCCUCUGAUAGCCAUGUAGCCAUUUCAGAGCAAAUUGUAUAUGCUCAUGAAUGAAAUAUUCUGUUGUUAUUUUUUUCCAUUGCAUUGAUAGUGGUUGAAUUUUGGAAGUCUUCUGAGAGAAAUGCAUCAGAGACUUUUCUUGUUUGACAUAUAGACAUAAUCACCAUAUUAAUCUCAUUGGCUGCCUUUUUCCUAUUUGACCAAUCUAUGUCGAGUACCAAUUUAAGGGGGUAAGUUUCUAAAGAAACUGUGGUGCUGCGUUGGUGGGAGAGUAUUACAAGGUAAUUCGGUAUUAUCAACUGAAUUGAUAACAUUAAUUGGCCUGACUGUUAAGAGUUUCAAAGCUUACGUUUUGAGCCUCAGCCCUUUGUCAGAGCGAAUUCAAAUGUCAGAACAACGGGCUAAUCUCAUUGGCUGCCUUUUUCCUAUUUGACCAAUUUAUGGUGAGUUCUGAUUAAAGGGGGUAAGUUUUUAAAGAAACUGUGGUGCCGCAUCGGUGGGAGAGUAUAACAGGUAAUUUGGUAUUAUUAACUGAGUUGAUAACAUUAAUUGGCCUGACUGUUAAGAGUUUCAAAGCUUACGUUUUGAGCGUCAGCCCUUUGUCAAAGCAAAUUCAAAUGUCAGAACAAAGGGCUUAUCUCAUUGGCUGCCUUUUUCCUAUUUGAUCCAUUUAUGGUGAGUUCUGAUUAAAGGGGGUAAGUUUCUAAAGAAACUGUGGUGCCGCAUUGGUGGGAGAGUAUAACAAGGUAAUUUGGUAUUAUCAACUGAGUUGAUAACAUUAAUUGGCCUGACUGUUAAGAGUUUCAAAGCUGACGUUUUGAGCAUCAGCCCUUUGUCAAUUGGAAGUGAAUUGAAGCGUCGGAACGAACUGGGCUUAGGCUCAAAAUGUCUGCUUUUGAACUCUUGAAAGUGGUCAAUCUAUGUUAUCAAUUCAGUUGAUAAUACCAAAUUACUGUUUUGAGUACUGAUUUUACAAAAGAGAAUAUCAUGUAGUUCAUAUUAUGUAUUUCAUACCAUGAUGUGUGGGCUAGGAAGUUGAUAAUAAAAGGAUUCCAGAUCUUACUGAGAAUUUUCCAUCUGUCAAGCUGUGGUUUUGUUAAUCUGCAUACACUUUUCAGACAUAAAAGAAUCCCUAACACUAUUACAACACAAUUGAUUUUUCUUUGUCUUUCAUACUCUUAGCAGCUUAAAAGUAAGUUUCUGGGAGUACACAAUUCGAUUCAAUUUAAUUUUAUUUAAACUCACAUGAAUACAGCAUAUUAGAAAAGGUUAUAAUUAUUACAGUAGUCUUACAAACAUCAAUAUAAAAAAUACAGAACAAUGAGAAAAUGAAAAAAGAAACCAAAAUAAUUUACAAUUCGCUGUUACUAAGCAUAUCUUAGAAAUAAAGAAGGACAGGAAGAAAGGAAUAUUUAAAUGCUAUGUUAAUUGUGUGGAAUUUGGGACACCCAAAUAGCCAGUUCUAAGAACUAAUCCGGAGGGUGUCCCAUAGUAAAUAAUUCAAACAAAAGGAAUACUGUGUUAAUAGCAGUUUAAAUAAAAAGUAUCACUUUUCAUACUAACUACUAAGAAUUUAAUUAUAUUUACACAAACUAUUUAAGAAUAGAUAACAUUAUUAUAACCAUUAAUCAUAUAAUUCUUUUCAUAGAAUUCAGUAGUCAUAGAGUUCUCUAUAUUUUGACGAAAUCUAAAAAAGGGAGUGAUUUGUUUAACAUUAAUUGGUAAUGAAGUCCAGAAUGAAUUCCAGAGUGUGGUACCUGUGUAACAAAGAGAACAAAUACCAUAUUGAGUUGUUUGAACUGGAUUUACAAACAGAUUCUCAUUCAGUGAUUCACGUGUAUAAGGUGAAUGAACAGAAGAUAUUCAGUGGCUUAAAGUAAUCAGUAAAACAAGUAGGAGGCACAAACAUGAGUAUUGUUGUUGGCAUUCAAAGAAUUGGUUUUUUUUUCCUCAGGGAGAUGAGCAAGUGAUUGAUGAUGCUUUCAGAGAAAAAGACCCUCAAAGACACUGUGCUAUGAGAGGCAUGUCAGGGAAGGUAAAGAACACAGCACCUAGAAAUAUUAUUGACUAGACAAUCUUAUAAUGAUUCAAUGAAUCCUGAUAGCUGGUAUGGUUAUUUACAUAUUUCUUGUAGGCUGCCAUUACUAAACUUGACCAACAAGUGUGUGAGGCAGAGAAGAAACUGAAUGCUUGUAAACAUCAGAGAAAUACUCGUGAGAAGAAACUGGCAGCCUUAGAAACUGAAUAUAAUCAGCUGGUUAAAGAUGCUGAAGAGGUGUCUAGUACAGAUGCAGGAGAAUCAGCUGAGGCACAGGUAUGGAUGUUUACAAUCUGGUGACAUACUUGUACUUUUACUGGUUGUUGCUUUUUAACCCUUUAACUCCCAGAAGUGAUUAACAUAAAACUUCUCCCUACAAUAUCCAUACAUUAUUUAGCAAACAGGUGAUGAGAAUAUUCAAACUUAUCAGGUAGAAGCUGUUAUCUUGAUCUAGUACCAAGUUCUCAUAACUAAUUUACAAGGAAAUGUGUAGCUGCUAGAGGGGAGAAUUAACAAUCAGAUCUUGGGAGUUAAAGGGUUAAAUUAAUAUUGGACUUUGCAAAAUGACAACAAGUACAACACGAUCAAACAUGGCAUUUCUGGUUUUCUUCAGAACACAGUUAUUUAGAUCUAUUCAGUUGUUGGAUUGGCAUCUGGAUUAAAUUUUAUUUAUUGCAAAAACAAAGAAUCCACUCCAGUUUUUACAGUAAUAACCACACAAAAAAUUGACAUGCACCACAUCAUCAUUCUCAGCGCCCCCUAGUUAGAACUGUUUUGAUCAUAAUGGCAAAUAGAAAAAACUUUUGAGGCCCUUAUCAUGAUACUCUUUAUAAGGUCACUAUUGUUAAAUGGUGGUAUGAUUGUAAUAUUCCUUUGAUGGUCUUGUACAAGGGUCUCAUCAGGAAUCCUGAAAACUAAAACAAAUUGCUUCAAUCUUAAAAAAAAUAAAUUAUCUAGUAAUUAAUAAAUCAUAAUGAACAAGUGUCUGGCCAUUGUUGAGUUUCCUGCAACUAGUUCAAUCUGGGAACCAUAAGAUCUGAAAUAAUACAGACUUGUGGUCAGAGAGAGGGUACAAAAAAUCUGAAAUUCCAUUCCAGUAACCCAUUAAUUCUAUAAUUUUUCUUGAAACUGACUGCUGAAAGAUAGUUUUUUUUUUCCUUCUCACUUCAUCUCAGAAACUGCGGAGUUUGGAGAAUGGUCUUGACAAAAUGAUUUUGAAAGUCAAUGAAGCAAAAAAAAUUAAGACUAUCUACGAGGGUUUACUGGAACAACUGAAGGAAGAGCGACGCACUUGGCCUAAUCAACUGAAUAAUCAUGAGAAAGCCAUUUGUGCUCAGAGAGAGGAACUUGAAGAGCUGAAUGCUAUGAAUCAUGAUGCCCAGAUUGCUCGUGAGGCUGCAAAGGCAGAACUCACAAAAUUAGAGCAGUCAGUGUUUGAGAGGAAAAAGGAGCGAGAGAAGGAACUGGCUCAGUACAAGAAACAAGCAGAAGAGAAGAAAGAUCAUGCUGAAAAAGUUGAGAAAAGGGUAAGGCAUGAUGAUUGUUCUUACAAGGUUGUGGGAGCAAACCUUGGCAGCACAGAGCUUUAUAGAAAUUUUUUUCCAAUGAAGUUAUGUAUGGUUUUGGCCUCAACUAUGAUUUAACAAGCUACACUGUAAGCAGAGUAUGAGAGAUUACAGUUACUGAUCAAGACAAAUAAUGCACUGAAGAUUCUCUCAAUUUGAUUUCAAUAUUAUGGAUACUAAUUGCAACAAAAGUCUGGUUUCAUACUGGACCCUGAGACUCUAGAAUAACAAAUUAAACUGUACACACACAAAUUCAAGUGAAUGUUAUGUAAGUGAUUAAAUCAGAUAGAGUAUAAUUAAUUUUUUUUUAAUUUCAAUAUUCCUUUUUUUUGCAAGAACAGUACAUUUUGCACAGUUCUGUAAGUAUGGAUGAAUACCUCUGAUGUGUGCAAUGUUAACUAUAUUAUCUAAUUAUUCAACAGCUACAGAGAAGUUCUCUCCAGCAAGAGGAUCUUACUGGUAUGUCACUCCAUUUAAUUUAAGCAAAGAACAUUUAAUGCUCAGUUUUCUUACAGUAAAUGGUGUAUUGGCUCAGAGAGGGGUUUAAAGGAUUAACAUCCAGUUCAUCUAUCAGAUUCCUUAAUUCAUAUUUAGCCAGCUGUAAGGAACUUGUAACAAGAAUCCAUUUUACAGUUUUGUGGUUACACAUAGUUCCCAGUUUUUUUACAGAACUAAGUGAAGUUCAAUGUGACAACAAGGUUCUUACCAUAACAAGCACAACUGAGCACACAUCUGUAAGUCAGACUUGUGCCUACAGUCACAGGUCACAAUUCUAACCUUUUCCAAGACAAAUACAGAAGAGAAAAUCAGAAUACAUUGUUUUGUAACGCCACAAGGAUGUAAGGAUCUAUAGUUAAAUGAAACAUAAUUGUAUAUCUUUUUGUAUUCUGCUUAUAACAGAACAAAAAGCAGUCCUAUCUGGGGAAGAACAAGAACGCAAGAUUACAACUUAUGAGGAGGCCAUGAACAAGAUCAAGGACACAACAGGGGUGUCUGACAUCAAGGAGGUGGUGCAGCGUUUCUUAUCUCAAGGUGACACUCAAAAGCAUUUGGAGACACUGAAGUUGAACAAUGAAAAAAUGCUUGUCAGACUUAAGGAGGAAAAGGUACCACAGACUCAGUUUAUUGAUUGAUUAUCAAUUUGUGAUAGAUACACAGACUGACCUAGUUCAGCCUUUUUUAAAUGGGGCCCUACAUGAACAAUGACAAGGCCACACCACAACGCUGGGAGCUUCAUACCUGACUUUUUGCAAGAAGAGUAUAGUAAAUGGGUUUAAACGUCUCCUGCUAACUAGUAUAGAGAAGUUGCAGAAGGGGUGACGGGGCUUAGAAACAGUUAAUUAUCCUUAACUAAGAACAUUUUCUAGCCAUUUGUGAAGGUCAUGGUAAAAGCAGCACUUUCUACAAAAUUAUUUAAGAACUUGAGUGUAUGGCCAGUCUUGAGCUUGAAUCAAUGACCUCUUGCUGACUUGCAUGGUAAUGUGGCACUCUACAGCUACCUGAGCUAACCAAGGCUACAGUGUAAUGUGGAUUGCUUUGGUUUUGCUUUACUUUGGGUUUUGAUCACUCUGGAAAACUUUAUGUGUAUCUCCAUCUUUAUACUAAAAUACUAAAAGGGGCAGCUAUAACUUACAUGGAAAAUUAAUCAAAUCCUUAACUACAAAUGUAAUUUGGAACUAAUGGCAAAUUAUGCUGCUUUAUGAAGGAGAAACUAAGAAUGGAGUAUGAAGAGAUGAAAUACUCUGGAGAAGCUAAGUUGUCAAGGUAAGAUACAGUCAGCCAGUAUGAAGGAUGGAUCUAUAUCAUUAUCACUAACACCAAACCCUCCCCCCACAUCUAUGAUAUUCCCUCUUCUAUCCUGUCUUCUAUCUCUUGUAAGCUAUUUUAUUGAGUCAGGGAGGAGGGGUCAAAAGUGCAUGGAAUGAAAGUUUUUCAAUACUUUAUAGUUACUUAAAAGUACAGUAAUAAAACUUUGAGAGUCAAGAUUGCACAUUAGCGAUUGGUUAGUGUGUGCAUUCCAUGCCUUUUGACCAUUGACCCCAACCCUGUAACUCUCAGUACCUGAUUUGUAAUUCUCCCCUCUGGCUGUUGCACAUUUCCUUGUAAAAUUAGUUGCGAGAGUUUGGUGUUAGAUCAAGGCAACAAAUUCUACUUUAUAAGUUUGAAUAUUCUCAUUACCCGUUUGCUGGAUAAUGUAUGGAUAUUUUAGGGAGAAAUUACAUUUAAUCACUUCUAAAGGAGCCAAGGAUUGGCUUACGAGGUUAAUUUCAAAGCUAUUGUAAUCAGCAGCAGAAAUAUACAUGUAUGUUGUUUGCCGUUAAGAACUAUGGUGGAUACUUGGCAGGUGAUAAAAAUCGUUUUUUUGUUUUUGUUUUUUUCACAGUGGACAGAGAAUGCUGGAGGAAUUUCAGCAACGUCUCGCUGAUGAGGAGAAACGGUGAGAAAAAACUCCCUUUUACUCUUGUUAUUGUUUAUUUAAUCAAACGUACUUCGAUAUGUACGCUUGAAAUAUGAUAGAUGUACAGGCGUGUUUAUUUUGUGGUUUGUUUCACUUAAUCAGCUGCUCCGAUGCAAAAGACCGUCAAGAAAGAGCCAAUAAGACUCUUGUCAAUGUUAAAGCUGGAAUUGAACAUCUGGCUGAUAAGCUGCAACACUUGAAAGCAGUAGGUAUAAGCUGUAAGCAAGUAAGCUCCUAGAAAAGUAGAUGUCGUCAUUUAAAUCGUCUGCGUAAACUUUAUGUACGUUUUCAGGGGGUACAGAAUGGUUAGUAUUUAAAACUUGAUAUAUUAUUGUUGUAAAGCCUCAGUGGGAAGUUUUCAGCGCUCAGUUUUAAUCUCCCGCGCUUUCGCUUGUCGUUCGUUCUACAAUAUCCCGUACUUGCCCCAUGUUUGCAUUCUGCCCGUCUGUCCACCUCCCCCUUCAGAAGCCUUCCGUGUCUUUUACAAUUACCAGCAGUGAGCUAUACAUUGUAACUCUUUUUAAAAUUUUCUCCCCCUAUCCUUCCCAGUUACUUUUUUUUUUUUACUCAAUUUGCAGUGGGUCCAUAGUUUUCCAACUUGAAUUGUUCCUUACACUUCACCCUCCAAAAUCUCCCGCGCCUUUGUGAUGUUGUUUUUUGUUUCUGCGUGUUCUCCACAUGCCAUGUUCGUUAGUGAUCACGUGCUCUCUCGCCACUGUUAGCUGUGACGUGUCAUUGCUUUCCCGCCCGUUUCGCCCAUUGGGUAGGUUUUGGUACCCUUUUUUGAGUCUGUCACGUUGUACCGUGCUUGCAGUGUAAGCGAGAAAAAAGAUUCAAUGAGUUAAAGUUGCUGAAAAUAAAAUCUUGUGCAGUAGCCAGUGUAACAGUAUUAUAAUCACAUUUCUUACUUUUCUCGCCGCAAAUCCGGAACCUCGUGUAAGUUGCUCUCGCUAGUGUAGCUUAUCUGAGGUAGUAAUUCAACUUUUUAACCACAUCCUAUUGUCACUUUAGCCUAAGGGCCACGUACCGCAGGCUCAGUUGUCCCCAACCUCUGACGAGUAUAUCUUAGACUUACUCGGCACGUGUGAACAGAAGCUACUCAAACUGACCGACGACUUAGGUGGAAAAGAUAUCAGCGAUGUCAUGAAAGAAAUGGAGGAUGCUGAGGUAAAUUUAGAUUUCUUUUGACGCACACAUAUUCUUUUGGAAACCAUAAUUACUAUGACUCUGGAAUAGCAGAAAUAUUUUCUUUUCAUUUUAAAACUUGCGUGAACAAAAAGUUAGUUUUGAGAUUAUUUCCAUCUUCGGCCUCGCCUUUUCCCUCUGUUAAAUUCAGUUCAUAAAGGAGAUAUUAAGACACCAAGAAAAACAGAGCUAACUGCGUUUUUUUUUUUUUUUUGUUCUUGUAGUUCCGCGCGACAAUGGAGAACAAGUUACCACAGUAUAAUACCCGAGUCAAGCUACCCACCACGUCCGAUCGAAUGGCUGUGUAUGACGGUAAGUUGAUAAUCAUGAAAGAGGCCAACAAAAGGUUGGUGUGUGUCAUAACGGUUAACCUUAAACACCCUAGCAUCAGUUUGCAAAUUCUCCAUACUGUUCUCUAUACAUUUCCUGUGGUACUGAGUAGGAGAAUUUUUUGAAAAUCAAGAAAUGUUUGAGAGGGUGGUCAUUUCCUGCAUAAUAACCUUAAUGUUUGAUUCUUUAGUUAAAAUGUAUAGAGAAGUUAAAUGGUAGUCACUCAUGGUAGUCACUCAUAGGGAUUAAAGAGUUAAACCUAAUUGAUCCACUUUUGCCUUUUCUAUCUGUGUUCAUAUCCUCCAUUCUUUUUCCCUCUUGGUUUAUAAUCAUCUCUUUGGUGUCUCUCUCUGUUACGAAACUAAAUAUUUUGUAAUCAUUUACAAUCCGUGUCAGUCCUCUCCAUUCUAAGCCAUCCGUGUUCCUUUUUGGUCUAAGUUUAUUACUUCUCUUUUUGUGUUUCUCUAUGUUUUCAAACUAAUCUGUUUUAGUCAUGUACAAUCCGUGUUAAUCAUGGUCUUUUCUGUUGACACUUGUUCUUCGUGGUUUCAUUCCUGCCUCGACGUUGUUUAUCUACGUCAGCAAAUAUUUUUGCAAGUCUGAUUUUCAUUUAAAUGCAUUUCUCGACGAGGCAGAAAAUCCCUUGAAACACUGAGUUCGAAUUGACUCUGUGUUUCUGGGAAAGUGUUUCUUUUAACUUUAUCGAAGUAUCAAAUAUUGUGUGGUAAGGCGACAGAGAAUGAGUUUGGUAUCUGAAGUAGAGGCUUUUCUCAAAAUUAUUUUAAGAAUCAUUGCCGCAUGAUUCUGUUUUCUCAGGAAUGACAAGUUCGUUUGAAAGUGAUGGUCUAGGUUUUGUCCAAACCGUAUUUUGUAUUAAAAUUUUGUAUACAUGUAUAUAUAAUUUUAGAUGACGAGGACAGCGGUGAAGAUGAAGAUGUUCUCUCUAGAAACGCAAUCAAACGCUACUCACAGCAGCUCGUGGAUUCAAAGACGAAGAAGCAUAAACCACGCAAUAGAAAGAGGAAAACUAAACAAUGAAACUUUGGAGAAAAUCUAAAGAUUUGUAAUCAUGUAUCGGACUUUCGAAAAGUUUAGCACCGUUUUGAUUACGUAUACUUUGAUCCUGUAUUAUAUCAGCAAUAAAGUAAAGUUAGAG